AUGUGGAUAGGUGGUAAGAAUAACUACGAAUGUCUUUGAUACCAUCGUUAGUCGUUGUUGGAAGAUAGUCGUGUUUCGGUAAUUGUGAUAGUUGGUCGGUUGAAUAUUUUUAAUUGCUAAUAUUGUUAAACAGUUUGUUGGUUCACGAUUGCUAUUCAUUUCUUACUUUGUGUAGCAGGUGUUAAGUCUUUAUCAUUGUGAAACUUUACUUGGAUUUACUUGGCGCCUUUUUUUAAAGGAAACAGAAAUAAUCAAAUAUUUUAGUUUGGAGUGGUAUGUUGAUAAAUUUUAGCCGCCAUGGAUCCCAGUGCUUUACAAAACAUGGAUCGGGACGCAUUAAAGAAACAAAUCGAAAACAUGAAAUAUCAGGCCAAUAUGGAAAGAUGGCCGUUGUCUAAAAGCAUUGCAGAAAUGCGUUCUUUUGUCGAGGAGAAUGAGAAAAAUGAUCCUCUUAUAAACGCUCCAGACAAAAAAAAUAAUCCGUGGGCUGAAAAGGGAAAGUGUGUUAUUAUGUAAUAUUAUCGUAAACCACAAAAAUACCCAAAUAUUAAACAAAAACAGUUGCAACAUCAACAACAACAAAAAUAUAAUAGUUAUCAAUAUCAUCAACAAUUUAAUACAAAUUCCAACCACUCUAACAACAACAACAACAACUACACUGGCAACAGCAGACAAAUAGAUGGUCAUAGAGACUUUUUAGAUGAUUAUCUUUAUAAUAGUUCCCUAGAUCCUACCGAUAAAUCCGAGUUUAACGGCCAAUCGAAUUCACCCGAUGAAAACCAUGAAGAAUCACAUAAGCCCCCGUUAUUUCAUUGUCAUACUGAGUUUUAUAAAAAUAAUAACUAUUAUUAUUACAAUUACAAUCUAAACUACCAUGAUCUACAAGAAGAACCUUCAAGAACAAACAAAUUUCUAUCAAAAUUAAAGAGAAGAACACAAAGAGAAAUCUUACAAAGACCCAUCCUACAGCAUCUACUGGUUUUAGUGAUAUGGUUGCAAGCUAAAUUUUGGCAAAUCUAUUACGAGAUAAUUAUGAGAGUAACACAUUGAGAGAAUUUAAGAACAAUCGAUAUGAAAAUAAGAUGGAUAAUGACAACCAAACGUUGAUCCAAAUAAUGACUAUCUAACUGACUGCUGAAGGGCAGCCCCCUUAAUGAAGUGUCAAAUAUCUUACCAAUGAUGUUAAGUAUCAGUAUCGAUUAAAACAUUUAAUCCGCUUCCCAUAAUCAUAAGUUUAUUACUAUUAAGUAUAUUUUUUUCUUUACUUUACCUAACAUACUAAUUAUAACAAAAUCAAACAAUUUGCAUAAUUUCUUUAAAGCAAAUCUUGAAAUAUAUAUUAAUAAAAAAAUCCAAUUAAACUUACAACAAAAAACUAUACUCAUGAAAACUUAAAAAUAAAACUUGGCAUUUUUUAUUUCUCUUCUAUAAUUUUUCUUCAGUUGUCAUCGUUACGCUUUUCAGUUUCCUGAUAUUGUUUAUUCACUGUUCUCUCUAAUCUUUAGUUUCUUCCAUCAACCAUACCACCCACUGUUGUCAUCAAUACUAUCUACAUGAGAAUCCUAAUACGAAACACACAGCAAAAUAAAAUCGUAAACCAAAACCCACCACCCUCUUUCUAUCUAUCUACGUAGUAUAAAUAUGUAUGUUAACGACAAUUAGACUUUAAUAACGGUCAACAAAUAUGAAAAAAAUUUAUUUUUUAAAAAACGUUUUAAUUAAAAAUAGAAAAAAUCGUUAUCAAACAUUCCACUCCAACAUCUAAUACGGAAGUUUCUCUUUAACUAAAGAAAGAAAAAAACCGAACUUUAUACAAAGGUUUCCUUUAGGGCUACAUGUUUAAUAUUGUUUAGUUUCAUAAUUUUAGACUUUUAAACUUUUUGUCCCAAUCUGUAUAUAAGAAGGAUCGUUAAAAUCUUUUUAUUUCCAAGGCUUAAAUAUACUUUUAUUACCAUAUUAAAAACCUAAAAUUAACUACUAUGUAGUAAAAAACAAUAUAAUUAACUUACGAAUGCUCAUAAUGAAUUAAACUAUAUAAAUUAGCUUUCAAUAUUUUAUUACUUGAUGCGACUAAAUUAAGUUUUUAUAAUAUUCCAUAUUAUUUAGCCCCUUUUCUCCAAUUUUCAUAUAACAAUUUCAUAUUCAAUAUAGAAAAAAACUAAUAGCCUUAUUCAUAACAAUUUAUCAAAGGUUUAUAGGUUUAUUUGUCUAAUAAACCUUUGAUAAAUUUAAUAGUGAAUAAGGCCCUAAAGCGAUAAGUUAAUAUUAUUUUUAAUAAUCAAUCAAACAUAAAUGUAUAUUCCUAUGUUGAGAAACAUGACAUAAUUAUACAUAACAACAAACGCGACCAUCAGUGCAAUAAAAGCCUUUUAACCCAGCUAGAUAAUAAAAAAAUCUACAAGUUUGUCUAGCUGAGAAAAAAGUUUUUAUUGAUUUUUUUAAUUUAAUUUAAGAUAACUUAUAGAAACCAAUUAAAAGGUAGCAACAUUAAAUUUAGCUAUAAUAUAAACAACGCAAUGUAGCUGACUACGACAUAGAGUAAAAAAUCAUAGACGAACUCUAUUAUAUAUAAUUCAUAUGUAUACGUACAUAUGUUAUACAUACAUAUGUAUGUAUAACCACCAACCAAAAUAAAAAACAGACAUUUUGAGAAAGCCGAUCGGAGUAACCGAUUUGAGAAGUUAUCUGUUCUUAUAACAAAUAAUUUAUUUGCUUCCCUCAAUGUCCGGAAAAAACACAAAAAUAAAAACAAAUAACAAAGUAAAUUAAUUUUUUAGUAGAAGUUUCAAAUUGAAAUAAUUAACAACUAUAAAUAUACAUACAAAAACUUAGAGAAAAUAUUACUAAUACAACAAAUUAUAUUAAAAAUAUUUAAAUUUAACCAAUAUAAGUAUAUACAUACGAAAACACAUACAUAAUAUCAGCUUUAAAACAGAACAAUUUAUAUACAAACAAUACAUUCUAUAGAUUCUACUAAAUAAUAGGCGAAAAAGGACUUGAAUAUAUAAUAAAUAAUAAAAACAAACAGCUGAUAGAUAAACUUCGAAAUAAACAAAAUAUAAAGGCGCUGACCUUCUGGUUUAAAUGAAAAUAAUAAUAAUAAUAAUAAAACUAAAAUAUUUAAAAUGUUAAAGUUAUAAAAUAAACAUAAUAUAUAUUUAUUUAUUAGCUUAUAUCACCAAAUAUUUAUUACAACAAAAUGUAGCAAACCAAGUAAUAACAAUAUAAAAAAAUUAAUUAAUUAUUAACUGCAUCAAAAUACGAGAUACACAAAAAUAAUUUUAAACAUCUAAAAAAAGCUUACAAUUUGGAGAAGAUGACAAAACAACUUGUUUAAAUUAUUGUAUUAACAAGACCUAAUUUUAAUUAAUAACGAUAUUUUCAAACGUCGGAGUUAUUAUUUUUUAAGCUAAAAAGAGGAAACAUGUAGUUUCGAAAAAGUUUAAUUAACGGUAACGUUUAAUUUAAAAAAAAGCAACAAAAUCAUUAUUUAUAUAAAAUAAAAAAUAAAAUAUAGCAUUUGGACAUCAACAUAUUUAAUUUAACAAAGUACAUGAUAGCGGAUAACAAAACUCAAUUCCAUAAAUUUAAUUUAAGUACAUACAUAUAAAUAAUUUAUAUUUAAGCCAUAAAUCGUUAAAACCCAAUAAGACAACAACUGCAAAAAUCAACAAAACUAAUUUAGGAGAUUCAUCGAUACUUGAAAAACCCCACGAGCCCAAAUGGAUUAAGAAUAAGAUGCAAAAAUCAAGGACAUUACAACAACAUCGUUUUAAACAAGGAAAUAAUUCAAAAUAUACCUAAUGAUAGAUCUAGGGAAUAACAACCGAUGAUAAAUUUUUACGAAACAAAAGUGUCAAAAUUUUUCCAUACAUACAUAUGUACAUUAGAUCCGCUCGUAAAAUUUGUCCUGGAAGUGUGUGAUUCUGUUUGUUAGUUUCACUCAUGAUUUUUACUCUGCUGAGUGUCUUAUUCAAAAUGUUUUAGGAGUAAGUUUAAAAUACUAAUAACUAAAAAAGUCACGCACAUGAAAGUUCAUUUUUUAAAAGCAGGUUCAGUGUAAUAUAUCGUUGAUAAUAAUUCAAAUUGUUUUGGAAAAUAUUAUUAAAAAAUUACACACAAACAUAAAGUUUUAAACCCUAACUUCAUGUGUCAGCGUUUAUCCCAAUAAUAACAAAUUACACAAGAAAACAACAAGAAGAACAAUUUUUAAUUAAUAGAAUCAGUUAACAAUUUAAGAAAAUUAUGGUAUUAAAUGUGGUUUAUUUUGUAUACCAAGAAUAUAAGACAAACUAACUAAGUAUCAAAUGUAUUAACUAAGGAAGGAAUGAAUCGCGAAAAUGAAGCCCACAAUACUAGAUCAAAAAGUUUCAGCUCCGAGAGUAUCAACAGUUAAUUUAAUCAAAAGAGCAGGUAAGAAAAUACAAAAUAUUUUACCGGAAAGUAUUACAUAAAAAACUAUUAACUUUAGAUUUAAACUAAAAUAAAUAAUACAAUAUUUAUAAUAUUUACAAAAUACAAUUAUAAAACAAAAUAAAGAAGUCCUAACAAUGUAAGGCGCACACGGUAAUAAUAAAAAAUAAAAAAGACAUCAAAAUAGGAAAACAAGUGAACUAAUUUAAAACUUUUAAAGCUUAGCGCUUUUUAAAAUACUUAUUUUAAAUUUAAAAAAUACAAAAUUUUCUAGUCCUACUGAAAUGUCAAAAAUCGUUGUAAUGAUUCCUUCGUUGUUUCCCAAUGGAAGGGGAAUAAUUACAACAAACUCAACCAAACAACAAUAUGAACAGUUUAUUUAAAAAUAUUUAAAACAAACGCAUAUAAUGUUAUGACUAUUUAAAUGGAAAACAUUUUUAAAACAUAAAUAUAAUUAAUGAAAAAAGGAACGGGAAAUGAGAAAUGGGACAAAGAAGAAACCCUUUUAAGAAUUGAGUUAUUGGAUUGUCAUAGAAAAUUGUAGCUUUGGUAAUAAUUCAGAAAUUCAGAGCAUAUGCUUUUAUCGUUAGCUUGACAACUCAAAAACGUAAAUACAUUUCAAAUAAAUUAAAUUAGUGAAAUCUAGCAAAUAAUUUUCAAAAUUUCCACUUUUGCGCUAAAAUCCUUAAAAGAUGUUUGUUAUUAAAGUGUCCCAUUUGGAUGGAAAUGUUUGAGCUCCACUUUAUGGAAAGAAUGAUAAAAGGUAUAAAGUUAUAAGCGUGAAACAAAAAUAUUAGUAUUAAAUUUUAAAACUAAAAGAUAUAUAUUAUAUUUUAGUAUGGUAAGUCGGUGUUGUUACAAAAAAAAAAAAAAAAAAAAAAAA